GAAAAACUUUCAACUCCUUUCAUCUAUCUAUCUUCCAUCUACAAAUUCACCCAUCUCCUCUCAUUCCUUCCGUCACCUUGGUCACAGAGGAAUCAGUCACAAUGUCGGCCAACAAGGGAGCAACCGAUCCGGCUGCCGUUCAAGGCAAGAAGAGCAUCAUGGGCAUGCCGCCAUUCGUGGUCGAUUUCUUGAUGGGUGGUGUUUCAGCUGCCAUCUCGAAGACUGCUGCUGCUCCCAUCGAGCGUGUCAAGCUUCUUAUCCAGAACCAGGAUGAGAUGAUCAAGAGUGGCCGUCUCGACCGUAGGUACAACGGUAUCAUCGAAUGCUUCCAGAGAACUGUACAACAGGAAGGUGUGGCCUCCCUCUGGAGAGGUAACACCGCCAACGUUAUCCGUUACUUCCCAACCCAGGCUCUGAACUUCGCUUUCCGUGACACCUACAAGGCUAUGUUCGCCUUCAAGAAGGAGCGUGACGGCUACUGGAAGUGGAUGGCUGGCAACUUGGCUUCCGGUGGUGCUGCUGGUGCCACUUCGCUGCUCUUCGUCUACUCGCUCGACUAUGCUCGUACUCGUCUUGCCAACGAUGCCAAGUCUGCUAAGAAGGGUGGUGAGCGUCAGUUCAACGGUCUUAUUGAUGUCUACAGGAAGACCCUCGCUUCCGAUGGUAUUGCUGGUCUGUACCGUGGUUUCAUGCCCUCCGUCGCUGGUAUCAUCGUCUACCGUGGUCUGUACUUCGGUAUGUACGACUCGAUCAAGCCUGUCGUCCUUGUCGGUUCUCUUGAGGGUAACUUCCUGGCUUCCUUCUUGCUUGGCUGGACCGUUACUACUGGUGCUGGUGUUGCCUCGUAUCCUCUUGACACCAUCCGUCGUCGCAUGAUGAUGACUUCCGGUGAGGCCGUUAAGUACAAGUCUUCCUUCGAUGCUGCCCGUCAAAUCAUUGCUGCCGAGGGUGUCAGGUCCCUCUUCAAGGGUGCCGGUGCCAACAUCCUCCGUGGUGUUGCAGGUGCUGGUGUGCUGUCCAUCUACGACCAGGUGCAGCUCAUCCUCUUCGGCAAGGCCUUCAAGGGUGGUUCUGGUUAAGCGCAUCCAUCUCUUGACAGGAUGAUGUGUUUCGAAGAGGGGACGAGGAGAAGUGCUAAUGGGACAAUCGCGGAAAUGAUACAAUAGAGCGUUCAAAGGUUUUCUUGUGUCGUUUAUACAUCAGCAAUCAAGAUAGGUGUCGUUGUGGGCAGUCGUCGGCAUGUGGGUGUGCGCGGGAAUAAAAAGCGAGCGUGGAAUACGGAACCGGGAAUUAUUAGACUCAUGAGCGGAUUCACAUUCUGUCAGGGAUUCAUCUUUGCAGGCUCCCGUAGCUGGUGGGCUCUGAUUUUCCUCGUUUUCGUGUUUGGGGACUCUGCUCCUGCCACACUUUGUAUUCUAUGCAAUGGUUUUUUGUGUCUGUAAUACUUGGCGUGCCUCUAACUGUGUGCUUCCACUUGAUCACUCCUUGCUUCGCGUGAUUUUUUUGUACGUCAACAUGGUUUUCGUUCAGCAUCCUCUAAAAUUGAGAAACUUUAUUCCUCCCC